CUUAUUUGUCAGCGGGCGGGGCCGUCAUGGCGGAGAAGAGGUUGUGUGUGUUUAUUGAGUGGGAAACAAUGCUGCUCAUUUAAAACGUUCAGAAACUCGCACUCGUUCUCUGGCAGCUAGCUUCACUCAGGACGAUUUGCACAUCCUACGCCCGGAAGACAUGGAGCUGUCUUCGGAGGGCGAGGCGGCGGAGCACAGGAGGGACCUCUGGAAGCUGUUGUCCAGCCUGAAGACCACAGUGGAGGGUCUGCUGUCCACCAACAACCCCAACGUUUGGUCCCGCUACGGCGGCCUACAGCGCCUCCACAAGGACAUGAACAACAUUCUCAGCCACGGCUUGAAGAACGAGCAGGUGUACUACAAGCAGAGAGAUUACUGGCCGUUUGUGUGGUUUGUCCGUGGCAUCAGACCUCACCUCGCCUCACAUGUGGAACAGUUCAGUCAACUGGAGCCGGUAGUCAACAGCAGGGUGCUAAGCGGCGGCGAGAGCUACAAGGCCGAACGCUGGUUGCUCCACAGCUUGCAGGUGCACAUGCUGUCAGCGCAGCUCAAACCUCUACUCCGGCACGUGACGCACACAAGAAAAUACUACAACGAUGAGGCCUUCCUGCUCAGUGAGCCACACGUCACUGCCAUGUUCCAGUGUCUGGAAGCUGUGGAGCAGAAUAAUCCCAAACUGCUGGCUCAGAUAGACGCAGUCGGGCUGUCCCCUCUGAAGACUCUGCCGUGCCUCGGCCUGUUAAAGAGCCAGAGCCUGUGUGUGUUGCCGGGGGCUGGCGGGGCAUGGAGAACUGCCGACACUGCACCGACUGGAGAGUUUCUAAACCGGAGGCUCACCACUUCACACUGCUCCCUCCGAGAUGUGGCUGCUACAGCCACCUAUGGGAACAUGACAGCAGUUGGCUCCCCAAACAGCAACAGCACAAAUUCUACCUCACCAGCCAGCAGUCUGGGCGCUCCCUGGGUGAGCAUGACCAAGCCGGAGGAAAGCGAACGGGGCGUGACGCCCCCUCCUGGACACGCAUCCAUACCCUCCAUCUCGCUUUCCGAGUGUCCCUCGCUUCCCUCCCCUCAGCCUGACACGGGCGAUUCAGGCGACUGUGAUUAUGACGAAGGUCCGGAGUACCUGGCCAUCGGUAACCUGGGGCAACGCAGUCGCCGCAGCACCCAGAGCUCCACGCCGAGCAGCGAGCCCGGAGAGAGCAAGGGCCGUACCACUCUAGGAGGUUCCCAAGCCCUGGCUGCGCCCAGGCGCUCCUCUUUUUCGGAGGGCCAGAGAGAGCCGAGCCGAGGCUCUCGGGGACACACGCGUUCUUUUUCUGACACAGGCCUUACCCAAAAACUCAGGAAAGGAGCGGCCCACCGGAAAAUCACCAUAAUAAUAGAGGAUCCGGUAGCAGAAUCGACAAGCGAUGACUGCUGCAUGAAGGACUACAACCCUUUUUCACCUCAGCACAGUGACGCCAGCACGCCCGCUUCCCUUUACAUGGAUUCUCAUGGGUCUCAGUACAGCAGGGCAUCAGAUGGUUUGUUCAGGAAGCCCUCAGAGGGCCAGAGCCUCAUCAGCUACUUGUCAGAGCAGGACUUUGGCAGCUGUGCGGACCUUGAAAAGGAGAACGCUCAUUUUAGCAUCUCCGAGUCGCUUAUCGCGGCCAUCGAGCUGAUGAAGUAUAACUUGCAGCAUCGGCAGCAGCAGGAUGAGGGCGAGGAGGAAGGAGAUAGUGACUCUGAGAUUCAGCAGCUCAAGCAGAAGAUCCGCCUUCGAAGGCAGCAGAUCCGACGCAGCCGCCUGCCGCCCUGCACGGCCUCCCAGCACAUUUUCCACUCCACCGAUAGCGGCGGCUCGAGGAGGAGCUCCCAGGACUCCCUUCAUGGCCUGUCUGACUCCGACUCUGCCGAGGAGGUGGAGGAGUGUGAACUACGAGAUGGCUGUGAGGGUCAGUCCCUGCUGGCGGUCUCUCAGAACGGCCUCUCCCUGUCACUUGCCUCCCUUUUUUCAGAAGCAGACAUUAAGCGCAGCGUAAGCUCCAGCAGCAGGUCCUUUUUGAGUUCAGAGUCCAUCUCCACCUCCUUCCUUCAGUCCAACUCAGCUGAGUCGGUCGCCAUGGGUUUGCUCCGACAGUUUGAGGGCAUGCAGCUCCCCGCAGCCUCCGAGCUCGACUGGCUGGUUCCAGAACAGGAUGCCCCGCAGAAGCUGCUGCCUAUCCCAGACUCUCUGCCCAUCUCACCCGAUGAUGGGGAACACGCCGACGUCUAUAAGUUACGAAUACGGGUGCGAGGGAACCUGGAGUGGGCGCCGCCACGACCGCAGAUCAUCUUUAACAUUCACCCGCCACCCAAGAGGAAGAUAAUCGUGGCUAAACAGAAUUACCGCUGUGCUGGCUGCGGCACCCGCGUUGACCCAGACUACAUCAAGAGACUGCGUUACUGCGAGUACACUGGCCGUUACUUUUGCCAGUGCUGCCACGAGAACGCCCAGGCUGUGGUUCCCGGUCGAAUUCUAAUGAAGUGGGACUUCGGCAGAUACUACGUGAGCAACUUUGCCCGUGACUUGCUGAGCAAGAUUGCUGGCGACCCACUCUUCAACCCGAAUGACAUCAAUAGUGGUCUCUACAAGAAGGUCAAGGCGCUGGAGUCUGUCCGUGUUUUAAGGAUGCAGCUGUUUCAUAUGAAAAAUCUCUUCAAGACCUGUCGCUUUGCAAAGGAGGUUCUUGAGCAUUUUGACAGUCUUUCCGGUCACCUGACAGAGGACCUUCACCUGUUCUCCCUAAAUGACUUCACUUCCGUGCGCAACGGGGAAUUGGCCCCACGGAUGAAGGAGAUGCUUAAACUCGGCACCAUGCACGUAGCAGGCUGUGUGCUGUGCCAGGCGAAAGGCUUCGUGUGCGAGUUCUGCGGCAACGACAAAGACAUCAUCUUCCCCUUUCAACUGAGCAAGUGCCAGCGCUGCGAAGAGUGCCACGCGUGUUACCACCGCAGCUGCUUUAAGGCCAGCUCGGAAUGCCCUCGAUGUCAACGACUGGCAGAGCGCCGAGAGAGGAUGGCGCGCAGGAACAUGGAGGAGCAAGAGGACGAGGGCGGCGGGAGUUAGCGCCAAAACAUGGAGGCAAGAAGAAGAAGUGCACAAUGUGACCAUGAUUGUAAUGACUCUGUCCUGAUUUUGUGUGUCUAACUGCUGUUGAUUUCCAACAAGUGUUCCCUGUUAGCACCUUUGACGCUUUAGCACUUAACACUGGAGAAUGCGUCCCAUGUUGGGGGGGAAAGAAAUGUGGCCUGGUGCGGCUUUGCUGCCACGUCAGGUGAGACCAACGUCGAUACCGUAACUCCUCUAAUAUGGGGGCAAGCCAUGUUGCAGCGGCACACAGCAUAGCCAAAGAUUGCUUACUUUAUUGGCACUUAAGUUCUUCCCCUAUAGACAUGGAAGACGCAUACAUGACAGCUAAUCAAAUACCCAGGUUGGAUAUUUGUCUUUUUUUUUUAAUUUUAUGUAUACCGUAAAUGCUGUAAUUAUAGCCGGGACGUUAAUUGGAAGCAGGCAAUAACUGGUCAUUAUUAUAUAAUAACUUUAAUAAUGGUUUGGAGUGCAUAAGAAAGUGGGACCACAUGGUCCGUUUUUUUUACAAGUACCGUAUUUUUCGGAGUAUAAGUCGCUCCGGAGUAUAAGUCGCACCGGCCGAAAAUGCAUAAUAAAGAAGAAAAAAAAACAUAAGUCGCACUGGAGUAUAAGUCGCAUUUUUGGGGGAAAUUUAUUUGAUAAAACCCAACACCAAGAAUAGACAUUUGAAAGGCAAUUUAUUUUUUUUUCCAACUUUUUUUUAUUGGCAUUUUCAAAUAGACAGAAAAAAGUGCAAGUCGAAACAGUACAAUUUUAAAGUCAGUAAAUGAUUCACACCCUUUUCCCUUAAAACCCAAAAACCCACCCUCCCACCCCACUUAGGUCACACCAACGAGGGACAAAUGGCACAAUUAUAUAACAAGUAAGACGACAAAGACAGACACAUUCUCACACACAUACACACAUACGAGGCCAGAGACAGACAGAUAUAUAUAAAAAAAAAAUAUAAUAAUAAUAAUAACAUAAAAAUUUAAUAAUAAUAAUAAUAAUAUAUAAUAAAAUAAAAAUAGAAUAAAAUAAUACUAAUAAAUAAAAGGGAGAUUAUUCCUCAUCUGCGUCUGGGCAUAGGUCAAGAGAGUUGAUUUGAAAGGCAAUUUAAAAUAAAUAAAGAAUAGUGAACAACAGGCUGAAUAAGUGUACGUUAUAUGAGGCAUAAAUAACCAACUGAGAACGUGCCUGGUAUGUUAACGUAACAUAUUAUGGUAAGAGUCAUUCAAAUAACUAUAACAUAUAGAACAUGCUAUACGUUUACCAAACAAUCUGUCACUCCUAAUCGCUAAAUCCCAUGCAAUCUUAUACGUCUAGUCUCUUACGUGAAUGAGCUAAAUAAUAUUAUUUGAUAUUUUACGGUAAUGUGUUAAUAAUUUCACACAUAAGUCGCUCCCGAGUAUAAGUCGCACCCCCGGCCGGCCAAACUAUGGAAAAAAAACUGCGACUUAUAGUCGGAAAAAUACGGUACAUUUUGCAGCACAGAACCAAGGUGUUAGCGGUAAGGAGUAAAGUGCUGAGUCAGCAUUAAUACUACUAGUUAGUAGUGUAAACAGCAUGCAUGACUUUCACACCAACAUUUUAAAGCGAAUGUGAAGGUAGACAAACCACUCGUGGUACUGCUAAUGCAGCUGCUGCCAUCUAGUGGAGUCAAUACGUCAGGACGUUGCCUACAGCCACUGCUGUUAACGCUAAUGUUUUGCCUUGCAGUUAUUUGCUUGUGUACAGUUAAUUGAUUAGAGGCGUUAAUUGGAGCAUUUACGGUGAUUAACUUCCGUCAACUAUUGCAUUUACACGUUGCAGGCGUAGCGAAAAUGUUUGAUUUUGAUUUAAAAUGGCUGAAUUUUUUUUUUUUUUCAUGUUACAAAAAGAUUUAUUCUAUGGCUGAUUUACAAUGUAUAUUCCUGCCAGUUACUGUAUGUUUUAAUGAAUAUUUUAUUUUAAAAUGUUUUAGCCACAGAGAUACUCAAGACCAAAACAUUUUUGCAGGGCUAGCGUACCAGGCUAAGCUACAGCUAAAUCUAGCUGAAGAGAUGCAUCUAUAGAAGAACGAGUGGGUGAGUUGUAGGACUGGACGGGAACCUUUUGACAAAUCUAGAGCCCGGUCAAAGUUCAUGCUCCAGGGGAUCCUAAAUUAGGGACCGAGUUUAGCUGUUGAGCUAAAGCUAUCUGAUGCAGUGAUGUCAUACUUUGCCUAAUCGGGAGAAGGACACAUUUACAGCACUUCAACUUAUUGGCCUUCCUGGAGAACUUCCGGGUCUUUGCACUGAUGUGUGGGUAGGGGAAUGCCACUGCGAAGUUCUUUUCUUGUUGAUUUAUUUUGAAAUGUUCCUACUCCACGCCUCCGUCUGUCACUCGGGUUGCACAACUGUACAGAUAUUCAAAAUACACGAUAGUAUCAAUAAAAAAAACCAACUAUCAACCUAACUGUAAGGUUGUUUGGACGGUGACAUGCUCUCGAGUUGCAUCAUAUUUGCAGCUGCACUUAUCGGCUUUGAUUGUUGGGGUUAACGAGACCAAAACUAUAGUCCCUAAAACCGACGCAAACCAAGCUGACCGGUUCCUUUUCAGUGGUUAGCACACACUUUUUGGCUUUAAAGUGUUGGCACCAUUUCAAGUGCACUGCAGAUGAAGUUAUUUUCUUUUAUUGAGAUUUAAAUUGUUAUAAAGAUUGUUUAUUUGUGUUAUUUUGUAAUUCUAUUUACAAUAAAAGACUGGCCAGACUGUUAA